UCUACGGAAAAGUCAGCUAAUGAUCUGAAGUGUGAAGUGAAUUCAAGUUGUUAAAUGCUACCUUCAGUUUUAAACUUCUUUAUAAAUACAUAACUUAAAUUAUAAUUUGUAAUAACUGUUCCAAUACUUUCAUUUCGAAGUGACAUGAAAGAUAUGAAUCCAAAAAUAACAUACAUCCGAGUUUAGCAGUUAGAACUUUACCGAAAUUUCACCUGUUCAUUUCAAAAGUUUUAUCCCAUAAGCAUUAUUAACUAUAGGAGCACAAUCUUGAUCAACAUGGUCCAGGCCUGCGAAGAAACAGAACAACCGAACAUCCCUCAAGCAAUGAAAUUAUUAAAAGAAAUGAAUGUAAAUGUACAACAAGUAUCUCAGUUAGUCGAUAACAUGCUUGUCCGUGUGAAGAAUGGAGAACUUUCAACAGACAAAGGCCUUAGCUUUUUGGAAAUGAAAUACCAAAUGCUUCUUAGUUACUUGAUAAAUUUGACCUAUAUAGUAUUAAGGAAGUGCUCUGGUGAAAGAAUUGAAUCUGAUCCUUCCAUUGAUAGGCUCAUUGAAAUAAGAACAGUACUUGAAAAGAUUCGUCCAAUUGAUUCUAAAUUAAAGUACCAAAUUGAUAAGCUUGUCAAAAGUGCAGUUGUUGGAGCUGUAUCAGAAGAUGACCCACAAACCUACCGUGCUAAUCCUAAUAACUUAGUAAGUAAGAUUGAUAAUUCAGAAGAAGAGUCAAGUGAAACCUCUGAUGUAGAAGGCAAAAAAGAAAAAGUAAAAUCUAAUAUUUAUGUGCCUCCAAAAUUAGCUGCAGUACAUUUUGAUGAAGUCUCAAGAACUGAAGCAGAUAAAAAAAUGAAAGAGAAAUCGAAGAAACAAUUUCUCAAUUCCAGUGUUAUGAGGGAACUUCGAGAAGAAUAUUCAGAAGCACCAUUAGAAGUCAGCUCCGGGAAUCAUAUUAAACAAUCCAUAUCCAAAUAUGAACAGGAAAAAACUGAAUAUGAAGAAAAUUAUCUCACAAGAUUACCUGUAACAAAAGCUGAAAAAAAUAGGAGAAAAAAAGUAACCACAGUAGGGAUGUUGGCUGAUGAGAUAACGGGCACAAGUAGUCAAAGAGUAGCUCGAAAACACAAAAUGAAAUCUAAAAAAGGAAAAGGAUUCAAGAGAAGGCGUAUACAUUGAAUUCAUACCCUAAAUAGUGACUGACAGGAGUCCAGACUGCAAAGUAAAUAAGUUGUGUUCAGAAAAUAAGAUAUUGUCAAUGAAAAUAAAAUGCCCAUUUAAAAGUACAAGGUAAACAAAUAUGACUACACGCAUGUAAUGAAUAUGUAAAAAAAUGAAAUGACAAUGACACCAUGCUAAUUUAUUCCAUUUAAGUUUUGGUAUUUGUAAAAACAAUGUACUGACAUUGUUUAUAUAUGUCUUCAAGUUGUACUAUUGUUAAGUCAAUAUAAAUUUUCAAUUGUGUUUUAUAAACAGAAAAAUUGAUCAAACUUAAAACAGAUAGUGUACAAAAAUUUGGAAAAACUUUAAAUCUUUUUGAUUAAUUUCAAUUCAAUUAUUGUAACUUUCUUCAGUAGU